CUUAGCGCCGCACAGCCGCGAACUUUAGACCUUGAUUGACCGAGGGCGCCAGCAGGCUUGGCUUCCUGCGCGACCUGGGAAGGAUCGCGGAUGCGAAUGGGAAAGCUCGCUGGUAGCGGCGCCUGCGGACCCGCGUCAGCUUUAUUCUGGUCAGGACUGCUGAUGCUACUGGGCUUCUUCUGCCCUAGAAGUUCACCAUGUGGCAUUUCGACACACAUAGAAAUAGGACACAGAGCUCUGGAGUUUCUCCACCUUCAGGAUGGGAGUAUUAACUACAAAGAGCUGUUACUUAGGCACCAGGAUGCAUAUCAGGCUGGAUCCGUGUUUCCUGACUCAUUUUACCCUAGCAUCUGUGAGAGAGGACAAUUCCAUGACGUGUCAGAGAGCACUCACUGGACUCCAUUUCUUAACGCAAGUGUUCAUUAUAUCCGGAAGAACUAUCCUCUUCCCUGGGAUGAGGACACAGAGAAAUUGGUAGCUUUCUUGUUUGGAAUUACGUCUCACAUGGUGGCUGAUGUCAACUGGCAUAGCCUCGGUAUUGAGCAAGGAUUCCUCAGGACGAUGGCUGCCAUUGAUUUUCACAACUCCUAUCCCGAGGCACAUCCGGCUGGUGAUUUCGGAGGAGACGUGUUGAGCCAGUUCGAGUUUAAAUUUAAUUACCUCUCACGGCACUGGUAUGUGCCUGCUGAAGAUCUCCUGGGAAUUUAUAAAGAACUCUACGGCCGAGUAGUCAUCACCAAAAAAGCCAUUGUUGACUGUUCAUACCUUCAGUUCUUGGAAAUGUAUGCGGAGAUGUUAGCUAUUUCCAAGCUUUAUCCCACUUAUUCUGGAAAAUCCCCAUUUUUGGUGGAACAAUUUCAAGAAUACUUCCUAGGAGGGCUGGAAGAUAUGGCGUUUUGGUCCACUAAUAUUUACCAUCUGACAAGUUACAUGUUAAAGAAUGGGACCAGUAACUGCAACCUCCCUGAGAACCCUCUGUUCAUCACAUGUGGCGGUCAACAAAACAACACCCAUGGCAGCUCAAAAGUACAGAAAAAUGGUUUUCAUAAAAAUGUGACUGCAGCCCUAACUAAAAAUAUUGGAAAGCAUAUAAACUAUACCAAAAGAGGAGUGUUCUUUAGUGUGGAUUCCUGGACCAUGGAUUCCUUAUCCUUCAUGUACAAGUCUUUGGAGAGGAGCAUACGUGAAAUGUUUAUUGGCAGCUCUCAGCCACUGACACAUGUUUCUAGCCCCUCAGCAUCUUACUACUUGUCAUCUCCCUACACAAGGCUUGGUUGGGCGAUGACUUCGGCUGAUCUCAACCAGGAUGGAUACGGUGACCUGGUGGUGGGCGCCCCUGGCUACAGCCACCCAGGCCACAUUCACGUGGGACGCGUGUACCUCAUCUAUGGCAAUGACCUGGGCUUGCCCCCUGUCGACCUGGACCUGGACAAGGAGGCCCACGGGAUCCUGGAGGGUUUCCAGCCCUCAGGUCGAUUUGGCUCGGCUGUGGCUGUGCUGGACUUUAACGUGGAUGGCGUGCCUGACCUGGCUGUGGGAGCCCCCUCGGUGGGCUCCGAGAAGCUCACAUACACAGGUGCAGUGUAUGUCUACUUUGGUUCCAAACAAGGACAACUAUCUUCUUCCCCCAACGUCACCAUCUCUUGCCAGGAUACCUACUGUAACUUGGGCUGGACCCUCCUGGCGGCAGAUGUGAAUGGAGAUAGUGAACCGGACCUGGUGAUUGGCUCCCCUUUUGCUCCAGGUGGAGGGAAACAGAAGGGAAUUGUGGCUGCAUUUUACUCUGCCUCCAGUUACAGCAACCGAGAAAAGCUGAAUGUGGAGGCUGCCAACUGGAUGGUGAGAGGCGAGGAGGACUUUGCUUGGUUGGGGUACUCCCUUCACGGUGUCAAUGUCAACAACAGGACUUUGCUCCUGGCUGGAAGCCCGACCUGGAAGAACACCAGUAGUCAGGGCCACUUAUUCCGCACUCGUGAUGAGAAACAGAGCCCUGGACGGGUGUACGGCUAUUUCCCGCCAAUCUGUCAAAGCUGGUUUACCAUUUCCGGAGACAAGGCAAUGGGGAAACUGGGUACCUCCCUGUCUAGUGGCCAUGUGAUGGUGAACGGGACCCGGACCCAAGUGCUGCUGGUGGGGGCCCCAACUCAAGAUGUCGUGUCUAAGGUGUCAUUCCUGACCGUGACCCUGCACCAAGGUGGGAGCGCUCAGAUGUAUGAACUGACACCUGACUCGCAGCCUUCUCUGCUCAGCACCUUCAGUGGAAACCGCCGCUUCUCCCGAUUUGGUGGCGUUCUGCACUUGAGUGACUUGGAUAAUGAUGGCUCAGAUGAAAUCAUCAUAGCAGCCCCGCUGAGGAUCACAGACGCAACUGCGGGACUGAUGGGGGAAGAGGAUGGCCGUGUUUAUGUGUUUAAUGGCAAACAGAUCGCCGUGGGUGACGUCACAGGCAAAUGCAAAUCAUGGGUAACUCCGUGUCCAGAAGAAAAGGCUCAAUAUGUACUAAUUUCUCCUGAAGCAGGCUCAAGGUUUGGGAGCUCUGUGAUCACUGUGAGGUCGAAGGAAAAGAAUCAAGUCGUCAUUGCUGCUGGAAGGAGUUCUCUGGGAGCCCGACUCUCUGGGGUGCUUCAUAUCUAUAGCCUCGGCCAAGAUUAAAGGUUUCACUCCAUUUUCCUCACCUGUCCCCCUCUCUCAUGCUGAGUCAUCUUCCGGAUGAGCGUUCUGGGGGACAAAGUGGCAUAUCCAGGGGAGCCCUGGUAGCCCUACGACAGGUGGGGGCUCCUGGGGUGGAGACACACACAGGCUGGCUGCCAACAGGCCACAGAAGUGGUGACAGCACCUGAAGCACGUGGAGCAGUGGACGCUCUGGUUAUCCAUGUCCCUUUGCAAAGCUUGUUUCCUGUGCACCUGAACUUAAUUCCUAACUGGCUUCCUGUGCUCAGACCUGCUGCAAAACCCGUUUCCUCUUCCACUUGAGCACCUGUGUCUUUCUGAUGCCUGUAGCACAAUUCUUGCUAAAAAUGUCCUCUUGAAACUGGUGACCCAUUCCAAUCAAAGUGAAACAGAAAGCGCAGUAAACAGGAAAAAAGCAUGAGAGAACGAGGAGAAAAUAUGGGGCACCCAUAUGUGAGGCAUAACCUCACAACUCCAAAAUCACGUUGUAAAUGAUGUGGUCCUUUCUUAUGAGGACUAUUGUAUUUUCAGUGUUUCAUACAGUGAAGGACAAAUAUAGAGAGUAAAACAUCACCUGACUGUGCCCAGAUGCUUUUGGAGAAAUGACUGUUCCAACAGCCGAUGCACCUAGUGAUCUUCUGCGUAUCUGAAGUCAUCUCAGGAAGCCUCAGGCAGCGCGAGGCUGCCACAGGCCUCACCAACAGAACCCGAACAGGAAGGAGAGAGAUCUGCCUUGAGCUGAAGGUGACUGUGCGGGACCAAGAGGAGUCAGGCAGGCUUGGCCUCCCUACUUCCUGGGCUGGUCUCAGUGGAGCAGGUCUCAUCUGCCAGGCCUGGAGGGUGGCAUGUUUAGGGGAAAGGAACGGACCACAGGAUUUCAGUUUCACUAAAAAUCUGCGGGCACUGUUAUCCGUAAACUGUACUAGUUGAUUCUCUAUCAGGGUAGAACCUCUUUUCUUCUGACACUAAUGAAAUGAUACUAAAACCAGGAAAAAAUUAAAAUACCAGAGCCCUUCUCUUAGCUUCUCUUGGGGCAGUAAAGAGACUGGUCAAAGGACACAGGGUUUCGGCUGAAGAGUUAAGUUGAAUUCGAAAUCAAAGGAAAAACCAGUAGAAUUACAACUGUGAGGAUAUAGUGAAUGUGUAUACAGGAGAACAGCAUAACCAGGCUCACACCUAGACAGGACCUCUGGCUCACUCCCAGGACCAUCUCAUCUUUCUGAAAGAGGUAUACUAGCUGCAUGGUUCCCUACGGCACAGCACAAAGCACAGAAACACCAUUUGCUUUUCGGUUAACAACUAUCGGCUGCUCAACCUAUUUGAAGAAUUGUUUUUAUUAAAGUUUAUUUUUAGGGGACCAGAAACGCCUUACUCAUAUUCCCUUAUUCUGAGUGAAGACCAAGCUGAUGAUGCUGCAUUUCAGUAAAGGCAUGCUCUCGUA